UAAUGUCGGACGUGGAUGCGCGUCGCCUCCUAUCGAACUCUCAGAGGGGCAAGCGUAGGGCGAAGAGGUUUUGCCAAGACGAAGCGUCUUCUUCUAGGGCCGUCGAGUUUGAGGUCACGGACCCGUCCUUCGUUCCACCGCCAGAGGUCCCACCCACAUCCCCUGAGGGAGUAGCCGCGGAAGGUGAUGAAGAAGAGGUCCCUCCUCCGGGGCCAUACCCGCCAUCCACACCAGCCGACCCCUCUGCCAUGCUAGCGUUCCCCAACGAGGGGCGAGAUAAGAGCAUCACCAACUAUGUCUUGGCCACGCGGAGGAGCCGGGAUUUAAUCUUCCACGAGGAGGUCGCGGAAUGGUCGGGGAUGCACCCUAGGCGGCUCUUGGGGCUGGCUACGAUUCACUGCAUGGUGACGGCCGUUCAUUCUAGGGACGCCCUCGCCCAGAGGACGGAAGUACGGAGGCUCAAUCGUGAGCUAGAUCAGGCCCGGCGUGAGGUCCUCCAAGCCAAGAAGGGGAGCGAGGCCCAGGGGCUACUUGUUCAAGACCAGGAAGCGUGGAUCUCCCAGCUGAUCAAGGAGAACACUCGUUACAGGGAGGGGUCCUCAAGGACGACUAAGGAUAGGGAGCGCCUUCGGCAGGAGGUUCGAAGUAUGGAGGCCACCCUCCACGAAUGAGCUCGAACCUUUGAUGCUAUCGUUAGGGAAGAAAGGGUCAAGGCGGUGGACCGCUAUAAAGAGUCCCUGGAGUUCCGCGACCUUCAGGUCGAGUAUGGCACAGACUCCUAUCGUUCGGGGUUCAAGCUUUGUUGGUACCUGGUUCGGAAGAAGUUCUCUAGCCUUAGCCUUGACGGUAUCAUGAUGAAGGGUCUAGCUCCGGAGACGACGGACGCAGCGGAGGAGGAGGAGCCCGAUUCCUUGGAGGAGACUGAUGAGGACGUGGAACUGGUGGACCCUUGAUGUUGGGGUUGUUCUUCUUUUUCUUCUGAUCUUUGAGUGCAUGUUCCCGGGUGGCUGAGCCCGGUUUUCUCUUCUUUUU